AUGGUGAAGAAAAAAAUAGAUAACCGUAUACGUGUCAUGAUUGAGAAUGGAGUCAAACUUGGCCAUCGUACCAUGUUUUUGCUUGUUGGAGACAAAAGCAGAGAUCAAGUACCAAUCUUGUAUGACAUGCUUGUGAAAUCGACAGUUAAAGCUAGACCAACAGUGCUAUGGUGUUAUAAAAAUAAAGAUGAAGCUAUCAGCAAUCAUGGACGUAAAAGAGCUAAAAAGAUAGCAGCUGGAAAAUUGGAAGUCUCAGAGGAAUCUCUAUUUGAUUCAUUUAGGGUAGCCACCACUAUACAUGGUAGAUAUUACUCAGAGAGCCAUGCUAUGUUAGGUCAAACUUAUGGAGUUUGUGUUUUACAAGAUUUUGAAGCAUUGACACCAAAUUUGAUGGCCAGAACAAUAGAAACAGUUGAAGGGGGAGGUCUCAUUAUAUUCUUACUUAAGACUAUGGAUUCAUUAAGACAAUUACAUUCCAUUACAAUGGAUGUACACUCGAGGUUUAAAACUGAAGCAUUUGAUAAAGUAGUAAAUCGUUUUAAUGAGCGCUUUCUAUUAUCACUCGCUGAUAAUCCAAGAUGCUUAGUGCUAGAUGAUGCAUUAAAUGUUCUGCCAAUAUCUUCUAAGACCGCUCAAGUGGAACCCGUAGAUGCAAUUCAAGAGAAAGUGAAUCCUAAAUUAACAGAACUAGUGUCGUCUUUGUCGGACACACCACCAGCCGGCCCUUUAGUUGCACUAUGUCGCACCUAUGAUCAAGCGACUGCUUUAGUAGCCCUUAUAAACACACUUGCUGAUAAACAAUCCAGACCACCACAUUGUCUUACCGCAGCUAGAGGUAGAGGAAAAUCUGCCUGUCUCGGCCUAUCCAUAGCAGCGGCAGUGUCACUCGGCUAUGUCAACAUAUAUGUCACUUCCCCACACCCUGAAAACUUAAUCACAUUGUUUGAGUUUGUUCUUAAAGGCCUGGACGCAUGUUUAUAUCAAGAGCAUAUAGAUUAUAAUAUUGUGAGAUCAACAAAUCCAGACUUUAAGAAGGCUAUUGUAAGGAUUAAUAUUGCAAGAAAUUCUAGACAGACUGUUCAAUACAUAACCCCAGACGACCACUCCCUCCUCGCUGCUGCUGACCUGGUACUUGUGGACGAAGCAGCAGCCAUCCCUCUCGCACACGUGUCUGCGGCAGCUACCAAAGCACCUCUAGCGUUACUAUCAUCCACUGUAUCCGGGUAUGAAGGAACAGGACGGGCACUAUCCUUGAAAUUAUUCUCGCAGUUGCAAAGUGAACAUAAUGCACCACCACCAAUAAAACUAGAAGAACCGAUCCGUUAUCGAACCGGUGAUCCUAUAGAGCGUUGGUUGAAUUCACUCCUGUGCUUAGAAGCCCCGGCCCCGGCGCCGGGCGCGGGUGCUCCGCCCCCGACCUCCUGCGAGCUGUUCAGAGUUAACAGAGACGCCUUGUUCUGCUACCAUAAAGCUGCUGAGGCUUUCUUACAUAGACUCGUAGCUAUUUAUGUUGCCAGUCACUAUAAGAACAGUCCGAAUGAUAUCCAGUUACUAGCGGACGCGCCCGCGCACUGCCUGUUCGUGCUGCUGGCGCCCACGCCGCCGCGCGCCGCGUCCAUGCCCGAAGUACUCUGCGUAGUACAGAUGUGUUUUGAGGGGAAUAUGUCUGAUAAAUCAGUGAAAGACAGCCUUGGCCGAGGGCGCAAGGCGGCCGGGGACCUCAUCCCUUGGAAUAUAUGCGAGCAGUUCGGCGACAAGGACUUCCCAAAGCUGUCCGGUGCCAGGGUCGUGAGGAUCGCCACACACCCUUCUUAUCAGAGGAUGGGUUACGGCAAACGUGCACUACAACAGCUGGCAGCGUACUAUUCAGGAGAUAUUCCGUGUCUAGAAGAGGCUAUGAGCGAGGACGAGGACGGACGGACAGACGGACGCGAUGAGUCCCUACACACUGAGAAUAUUGUACCUAGAGCGAAGCCACCAACUCUCCUAAGAAGACUUACAGAAGUUAGAGCAGAACAUUUGGACUAUUUAGGUACCAGUUUUGGUCUCACAGAAGAAUUGCUGAAGUUUUGGAAAUCUCAGAAAUAUAUGCCAGUCUAUUUAAGUCAAAAAGCGAACGAGCUAACAAACGAGCACUCGUGUAUAAUGCUGCGGUCGCUGCGCGCGGCGGGCGGCGGCUGGCUGCGCGCCUACCACGCCGACUUCCGGCUGCGGCUCUCGCGGCUGCUGGCGCGCGCCUUCCGCCGGCUGCCGGCCGCGCUGGCUCUGUCGGCUCUAUCGGCUCCGGCCGGCGAUGUGCAGCUUGAGAGACCGGUUCUAACAAAGCAGUUAAUACAGCAAUACCUAUCCGGCCACGACCUCGCCAGGAUAGAGGCAUACUGUAGACAGCAAGCAGACUACAGGUUGAUCACUGAUCUUCUAGCACCUAUAGCCAACAUCGUGUUCCAUACUAAAGUGUCGAUCAAACUGGAUGCCAUACAACAGGUUAUAUUCAUAGCAAUGGGUUUCCAAAUGAAAGAUGUAGACGAUAUCGCCUCAGAACUCGGCUUACCAGGCUCGCAGAUUCUGGCUAAAUUCUACGAAGCGUGUAAAAAGAUCAAUUCUGCGCUUAAUUCCGUGCUAGAAGUUACAGUAGCCAAAGAAAUGGGUAUAGAGGAUAAAACAGCAGACAUGAAAGGAGAUGGACCAGUGAAGCAGAGCCUUAAUGAGGAACUAUCGAAGGCAGCGAAGGAGUUAGAAAAGAAACAGCGCAAAGAGCUGUCCCGUCUGAUGGGGGAGGAUCUCGCGCAGUACCGCAUCAAGGGCAGCGACUUAGACUGGGGGCAGGCGCUCGCCGGCGAUGGAAAACAACUUGUGUCUGUUAAAAGUGGAGAAAAACGUCUCGGAGAUGACAACAAAGAAAUAGAAGAUCUUAUCGAAGCUCACUCCAACAAGAAGAAGAAAAAGAAGAAGCAUGUUCGAAAC